AUGGCUGAGGUUAAUGUCACGUAUGUCACAGAAUUCAUACUCAAGGGGAUCACGGAUCGGCCUGAGCUUCAAACGCCAUGCUUCGUGGUGUUUUUAGUGAUCUACGUGGUGACAGUGCUGGGCAACCUGGGCUUGAUCACCUUGAUCAGGAUCGAUGCUCGACUCCACACCCCCAUGUACUACUUCCUCAGUCACUUGGCCUUCGUGGACCUUUGCUACUCCUCGGCCAUCACUCCCAAGAUGAUGGUGAAUUUUGUCGUGGAACACAACACCAUUCUGUUCCACGCGUGUGCAGCUCAGCUGGGCUGCUUCCUGACCUUCAUGAUCACUGAGUGCUUCCUUCUGGCCUCCAUGGCCUACGACCGCUAUGCUGCCAUCUGCAGACCCCUGCAUUAUUCAACGCUGAUGUCAAAGAGAGUCUGCCUCAAACUGGUGGCAGUGCCCUACACGUACAGCUUCCUGGUGGCUCUCUUCCACACCAUUGUCACCUUCCGCCUGGUUUACUGUGGCUCCAAUGUCAUCAAUCAUUUCUAUUGCGACGACCUCCCCCUCUUGGCUCUCUCCUGUUCUGACACACACGUCAAAGAAAUUCUCAUUUUUGCCUUUGCUGGCUUUGACAUGAUCUGCUCCUCUUCGAUCGUCCUCAUCUCCUACCUCUUCAUCAUCACUGCCAUCCUGAGGAUCCGUUCCACCCAGGGGAGACGCAAAGCCAUUUCUACUUGCGGCUCCCAUAUGGUGGCUGUCACUAUUUUUUACGGCACACUAAUCUUUAUGUACCUGCAGCCCAAGUCGAACCACUCCUUGGACACAGACAAAAUGGCUUCGGUGUUUUACACCGUGGUGAUCCCCAUGCUAAACCCCCUAAUCUAUAGUCUGAGGAACAAAGAAGUGAAAGAUGCCUCAAAGAAAGUCUUAAAAGUAUUAAAAGUAACAAAACAAUCCUGUCGAGCUUUAUGA